GAGGUCACGAUGUCCACCAAGGUGCCCAUCUACCUGAAGCGCGGCAGCCGCAAGGGCAAGAAGGAGAAGCUGCGGGACCUGCUGUCCUCGGACAUGAUCAGUCCGCCGCUGGGGGACUUCCGCCACACCAUUCACAUCGGCAGCGGUGGUGGCAGUGACAUGUUCGGGGACAUCUCCUUCCUGCAGGGCAAGUUCCACCUCCUGCCGGGAACAGCGGUCGAGGGGCCUGAGGAGGACGGCACCUUGGACCUCCCCUUCCAGUUCACACGCACGGCCACAGUGUGCAGGCGGGAGCUCCCCGACGGGCCGUCCCCGCUGCUCAAGAAUGCCAUCUCCCUCCCUGUCAUCGGGGGGCCCCAGGCCCUCACCCUGCCCCCCGCCCAGGCCCCACCCAAACCCCCUCGGCUGCACCUGGAGACCCCUCAGCACUCCCCCCAGCCCUCCCCGCAGGAGCCAGGGGAUGUGGACAUCUGGAGGACUCUGGAGGCUGGCCCUGCCCGCAACGGGCUGACCCCCCAGUCCGGGGCCGAGGAGCCCUUCCUGUCCCAUGCCAGCUCCCUGCUCUCCCUACAUGUGGACCUGGGGCCCUCCAUCCUGGACGACGUGCUCCAGAUCAUGGACCAGGACCUGGACGGCAUGCAGAUCCCCACGUAGCACCCACGGCCAG